AUGUUCAUCCCCGCGCCGCUCGAGGCCCACUCCAGUGGGGACGAGCAGGGCGCGACUUUGCCGGAGAGCUUCGAGAUUCGCCACUGUCCGGCAUCCGAGGGCGUCGCACAGACUCUGGCAUCCCUCGUGGAGCAGCACGUCGGCUGGCAGUGCCCCGUCGUCGAGGACGCGGGGGACGGUCUUCCUGGCCCCUCUGCCGCUGGUGUACGGCUGUGCACGGACCCCGUCCGCUCGGACCUGCGCGCCAUCGACAAGAACUCCGACGAAGCCUACCACCUCGAGGUCUCUUCGUCCGGCGUGUGCAUCGUCGGCACCACCGCGCACGGCCUCUUCAAUGGGUGCAUGAGCUUCCUCCAAAUGCUCCCCGCGACGCCGCCCGCGGGCCCCACGAUCGCGCUUCCCGCAAUCGUCGUCCGCGACGCUCCUAGGUUCGGUUGGCGCGGCGUGCUGCUGGACACGGGGCGGCACUACUUCUCCGUGGAGUUCCUGAAGCGCGUGCUCGACGCCUGCGCGCUGCACAAGAUCAACCGCUUCCACUGGCACCUCACGGAGGACCAGGGGUGGCGCAUUGAGAUCAAGCGCUACCCCCGGCUGACCGAGGUGGGCGCCUGGCGCGAGGGCCGCGAGGGCAAGCCCUACGGCGGCUUCUACACGCAGGAGGAGGUCCGCGAGGUCGUCGCGUACGCGCAGGAGCGCCACAUCACCGUCGUCCCGGAGAUUGAGCUCCCCGGGCACUGCUGCGCGGCGCUGGCGUCGUACCCGGACCUGUCGUGCACGGGCAAGGUCGCGACGGUGCCCAACCAGUGGGGCGUGCACUCGGACGUGUACUGCGCGGGGAACGAGGAGGUGUUUGAGUUCCUGCGCUGCGUGCUCGAGGAGGUGUGCGAGCUGUUCCCGAGCCCGUGGGUGCACAUCGGGGGCGACGAGUGCCCGAAGGUCGCGUGGUCGCGCUGCGAGCGCUGCCAGGCGCGCAUCCGCGACCGCGGCCUGUCGAACGAGUCGGAGCUGCAGAGCUGGUUCAUCUGGCGGGCGUCGCAGAUCCUGGCCGCGCUCGGGCGGCGGCUGAUCGGGUGGGACGAGAUCCUCGAGGGCGGCCUCGUCGAGGGCGCGACGGUCAUGUCGUGGCGCGGCGUCGAGGGCGGCGUCCACGCCGCGCGCAUGGGCCACGACGUGAUCAUGACGCCCACCUCGCACUGCUACCUCGACUACCGCCAGGACACCUCGCCGGACGGGCCGGGCGCGUGGUACGCGAUCCUCCCGCUCGAGGCGUGCUACCUGUUCGACCCGGUGCCCAGGCCGGCGAUGUACGGCGUGGGCGGGCUCCCGGAGUGGUGCGACACGCCCAACAUGCGCAUGUGGCGCGCGCUCGUGUUCCCGGAGGACACGCCGAUGGACGCCGAGGCCGCCUGCCACGUCCUCGGCUCCCAGGCCAACCUCUGGACCGAGUACGUGCCGGACGAGCCCACCGCGGAGUACAUGUUGUUCCCGCGCCUGUGCGCGCUGGCCGAGUCCUUCUGGUCCGACCCCGCGCGCAAGGACUGGGCGUCGUUCCGCGCGCGCAUGGCGCGGCCCGACGGGAUGAUGGCGCGCCUCGCCGCCAUGGGCUUCCGCCCGCGCCCGCUCGACGAGGAGGCCGCCGCGCAGCCCGCCGAGCCGCAGGCGUGA